CUCCGCCUCUCCCUGCCGGGCGGCUCUUCGGCUGGAGCUGAGAAAGGAGCGCUUCCCCGGACUCGGCUCGGCUCCGAGGCUCCGAAGCCGACGCCGCUAGCUUAGCCCCGGGGGCGGGAGCAGGACUGCCCGCACAGCCCGCACCUGGGAGCCGCCGAGCCCGAACGCCUCAUGGGACGCCGCCGGGGACUCUCUCCCCGCCUUGCUGCCGCGUCCCGGUCCUAGGCGCCCGGGCUCCACGGCCCACCCCGCCAGCAGCCCGCGGCCUGUCUGGAGAGGAGUAUGAGGCCUGGGGCCCCGCGGACGCCGGCCACUGGGCGGCAGGGGCCUAGCUGCGGAGCCCCGCGCCCGAGAGCGGCGGGUAAGGAGCCGCGGGAGUCGGCGAGGCGUCGGGGCGCGGAGAGGAGCGCCCCUGCCCGGGCACCCGCUGGGCCACGGGACUCGCGUGUGGCCUGAGCGCCGGGGAGGAGGCGGAGGCGCCUCUCUGUCCGGGCUCUGGGAAGGCGACGAGGGGCUCUGCGAAGGCGGCGAGGGGCUCCGCGGCGGCCCCGGACCCCUGGCCACCAUCCUCACGCUCCUGCUCCCGCCGGGGGGAUGUCGUGGCCCGGGCCCCGAGCGCCGUCCCGGCCCCGGGGCUGAGCUCCGGACCAUGUCCUCCCGCAGCCCCCGGCCCCCGCCCCGCCGUAGCCGCCGCCGCCUGCCGCGCCCCUCCUGCUGCUGCUGCUGCUGCCGCCGCUCGCACCUCAACGAGGACACCGGCCGCUUCGUGCUGCUGGCGGCGCUCAUCGGCCUCUACCUGGUGGCGGGUGCCACAGUCUUCUCGGCGCUCGAGAGCCCCGGCGAGGCGGAGGCGCGGGCGCGCUGGGGCGCCACGCUGCGCAACUUCAGCGCUGCGCACGGCGUGGCCGAGCCGGAGCUGCGCGCCUUCCUCCGGCACUACGAGGCCGCGCUGGCCGCGGGCGUCCGCGCCGACGCGCUGCGCCCGCGCUGGGACUUCCCCGGCGCCUUCUACUUCGUGGGCACCGUGGUGUCAACCAUAGGUUUCGGCAUGACCACCCCCGCGACGGUGGGCGGGAAGGCCUUCCUCAUCGCCUACGGGCUGUUCGGCUGCGCCGGGACCAUCCUGUUCUUUAACCUCUUCCUGGAGCGCAUCAUCUCGCUGCUGGCCUUCAUCAUGCGCGCCUGCCGGGAGCGCCAGCUGCGCCGCAGCGGCCUGCUGCCUGCCACCUUCCGCCGCGGCUCCGCGCUCUCGGAGGCGGACAGCCUGGCGGGCUGGAAGCCCUCGGUGUACCACGUGCUGCUCAUCCUGGGCCUGUUCGCCGUGCUGCUGUCGUGCUGCGCCUCGGCCAUGUACACCAGCGUGGAGGGCUGGGACUACGUGGACUCGCUGUACUUCUGCUUCGUCACCUUCAGCACCAUCGGCUUCGGGGACCUGGUGAGCAGCCAGCACGCCGCCUACCGGAACCAGGGGCUCUACCGCCUGGGCAACUUCCUCUUCAUCCUGCUCGGCGUGUGCUGCAUUUACUCGCUCUUCAACGUCAUCUCCAUCCUCAUCAAGCAGGUGCUCAACUGGAUGCUGCGCAAGCUGAGCUGCCGCUGCUGCGCGCGCUGCUGCCCGGCGCCCGGCGCGCCCCUGGCCAGGCGCAAUGCCAUCACCCCGGGCUCCCGGCUGCGCCGCCGCCUGGCCGCGCUCGGCGCCGACCCCGCGGCCCGCGACAGCGACGCCGAGGGCCGCCGCCUCUCGGGCGAGCUCAUCUCCAUGCGCGACCUCACGGCCUCCAACAAGGUGUCGCUGGCGCUGCUGCAGAAGCAGCUGUCGGAGACGGCCAACGGCUACCCGCGCAGCGUGUGCGUCAACACGCGCCAGAACGGCUUCUCGGGCGGCGUGGGCGCGCUGGGCAUCAUGAACAACCGGCUGGCCGAGACCAGCGCCUCCAGGUAGACGGCCCGUCCGCCCGCGCUGGGGACCCUCUCCAGGCCGCGGGGCCGCCGGGCGUGGUUUGCUUCCCUUCUCUCAGUCACUGCUGGCGCUUUCUUAAUCUUUAUCCAAUAAAAUGAAACAAAAAAAAUUUUUUUAAAGAAAUACUAUUUGGCCAGGCCUGAUGUUAUCAAGGGCAGGUUUUGGGGACGCCUGUGUUCCUUGUGAGUCCCCUCUUGGAGAACUGUGGUCCCCAGCAGAUUCUCCUUCAGGGAGAGAAAACGUGGCUCCCCAGGCCCCCACCCAGGGCAUACCGCAGCGAGGAGGGUUUUGCAGACUGGCACUAAACCCCGUCCCCAUGCACAGAAGCAGCCGGCAACCCCAAAGCAUAUGGUGCAACUUUUCGUGGCUCUGAAUUACCUCCUCAGCAUUUAGAAUCCUGGCCCAGCCUAGCAGCUUCCUUCUGGUCGUCAGAAGUGAUAUAGUCACAGUUUUGACAGGUGGGGGUAGGGACAGCCAUAUGUUGCCUCCCGAUGUAUAUAUAUAGAACAGCCACUACACACAGAGAAUGGUGUAGUAUUAUGCAAUGAGAUGAAACAUAGCACCAACUUGCGGACUGUGGCAUUUCCCCCAGAUUUGGAAAUUGCAGUGGUGAGGGGCUUAGCUGGCCUUUCUCAGCUCAGAGUUAGUCCAUUUAGCACAGAGCACAGGGCAAUUACUUCUAAUGGUGGGCGGUCCAGGGCACCUGUGAGGAGGGGAGCGCUGAGGCCGCAGGAGCCCUGCUGGGCUUUAGCUGGCUGAUCUCCAGGCUCGGAUCGGCAGAUCUUGAAUCCCCCAACCUUCCUUCCUUUCACAAGCUCAUCCGCAGCAGUGCUUUUCAGUAUUAACCAGGAAUAUCUGGGUAUUCUCAGACAAGAUAUUUCUUUGUUGGUCUGGAUUUUUUUUUUCUUAACUACUGUUGAUCAGUUCAACUUUUCCCCCUUUAAGAGAUCAUGGGGUUGCCGGGCGCAGCCCUCCAGCUUCUCCUCCUCCUCCUCUGAAGGAGGCAGCUCUGCCAGCUGCGUCCUUGGGAACCAGGGCCUGCAGCACCAGGAACCCAAAAGAAGCCAUCUUGCAAAUGUCAGGGUAUUCGGCUCCAGAGGCCAUGAUGUAUUUGGGGUCAGGAAAGAUAGAAUCCCUUUCUAAAUAUUGUUUAUCAAGAGGAUUUGUUUUCUCCAUGCACAGCCUAUUAGAGGCAGAGGAAGGCAGGAAGGAGGGAGCUGGUGAAACUGGUGGAUGGAAGUAAUGUUAGGAUUACAGUUUUGCUCUCAGGCUAAGGGACAGAUUCUCCCAGACUUGCCUUCUGCAGCACAGGGGGUCCCUGACCUGGAGGAAGGCCAGAUACCCAGGCUUCAUUGAAAGGAUGGUGGUCUGGGGCUGUAAACGAACACUCUCUCUGCCCAUUUUUCUCAUCUAUGAUGAGGGCAAGGACAGGUGCCAGAGUUUAUACAGGCACGGCGUGACCCACCAGUAUGCACAGCUUCUGAUAGGAAGUCUUAGAAAAGCACCGCCUCACCGCCUCCAGCUCGAGCCAUGCUGUGAAAUCUCUCUCCCUGGCAAAUGUGCCUGGAACACACACACACACAAACAUGCACGCAUGCGCUCACGCACGCAGCAUUAGAGUCAAACUUGAAUGUCAAACUCUUCUUUCCCCUUCUAGUUCAUGGCAGGAAGGGAAAGCUUACCUGAGAUCUCAGUGACUCUCCAGCUAUUUGGGGUAAUUUCUGAUGUGAGUUGGGAUUGGUUUUUAAACACAGGCCCUAAUCUGGGGUGAAGCCAGUGAAGCAACGCUGGCCAGGAGACAGGUCAGUCUUGCUAAAUCAUGAAGGGUGGGCUCCUGUGAAAACCAUGCUUUCAGGAUUCACUGUGACUGUCAGGCCAGCCCAGUGAGUGCCCCCCAUCCAAGCCAUGGUUGCGGUCACAGUAAAGGGAUUGUCCACUCAGCGGGGCACAUGUUUUCUAGGGCAGGGCCCUCUGACAGGACCUAGAAAUAAAAUCCAUGUUUAUCCCUUUAAAAAAGGGAAGGAUUAAAAGGCAUCCAAUUAGAGGUGUUACCUAGGCAACAGGAAAUAACUUAGGGAUCAGAGCCAUCCAGAGAGGGAAGAAGAGAUCCCCAUGAUAGAGGCAUCUAGACAGUGAGGACUUGAUCUGCGGGCAAAAUAACAGCCUACCCACAGGAAGUGAGCCCCAGCAACAGUACAGCAGCCUAAAACCCUGGCAUCAAGACUGUGUGAGCUAGACAGGCCUAAAGAAACCUCCAGGCAAUCCCCCGCCCAGCGUGCAGGACUACAGAGAAUCCUGGUCUCCACGGGAGGAACCAGGACCCACCUCCAGAGAAGAAAAACUUGAAACGUUUCUUGGCAGUCUUCUCUGUUGGCGGUGCUUCCUAGACUCUAUCCUAAGUUGCUUAUGCUGCAGCCUCAGCUGUUUUUACUUGUUUUCUUAUGCUUUGGUUUUGGAAAGAGGCAAUUGGAGGCAGCUUGAGCAAUCUUCUAAAGGAAUCGUAAGCAUGGUUUCAAAGGGCAGGAAAAUGAGACCCUUCCCCUUCCCACCUCCCAACUUCCCAGAGAAACGCCAGUCCUCCAAGGUACAAUGGCAGCUCAGGAUCCAGUGGCACAUGUGUAUUUUUGCCUAUGUUCCCCUGUCCCCAUCCCCCAACCCAGUCUUAGUCACACUGCCAUGAUACGUCACACCAUCAUCCUUCAUCUCAGGCCAAAGGGCUCAGCGCCCCAGACGCCAGGGGCUGCUUCCCUGAAGCAGGGAUGUGGUUCUCCCAUCAUUUCAGGAACAGUGACAUUGAUAGGGAUGCCUUUCUUUGGUGCAGGUUCUUCUGAACCUCAGGCCAAGAAACAGCUCCAUUCCCUCAGAUGCUGUGGCCUCUCUCACUGUCUUGGGGGUCUCCAGUUUGCCCACCACUGGUAGCUCACUGUAGCCUACAACUUCCUCACGCUCCAGGAGUUGCUUCCUAACCUUAGGCCUGGACUUACCCAUCAUGCUGGUGCUGUGCGGCUCCCUUAAAGGUGGAAUGAGCUCCACGAAGCCCUCGCCAUAUGGCUGUGGCCACAUAGAAGCCAGAGUCUUGGCGAGCAGCCUUCUCAGAGCUGAGCAGCAACAUAAAGAAGCCACCCUGGGUGUCCUAGCUUGCUAAAGCCAAGUGGUCAGGCCUUUGUGUCCUCUGAAUGAAGCAGUGCCAACAGGCCUGGAGAAGGCAUCAGAAGGCUUAGGCAAUCUCAGGCUCUCAUUUUGUUGAAAAUGCCAGACAGCCCUAGGCAUUUGCACAGCAUCAUGCAUAUAUGUAUAUAUAUACACACAUAUAUACACACCAGCCUUACAAAGAGCUACUAACCCUUUUCCCCAAGGAAAAGUCUGUCUGGGCCACUUUAAGAAGAAAGAUUUCCCAUUUUUAACUCUCUAGAGAUGUACCAGGGCCUGGAAAAUCCCUCUCUGCCUUGGGGGAGUUUUAUGUACAAUUUGCAUGUAUUCAGGUUUCACACAGAAGCCAGCAUCCAAACCCAAGCCAAACCCUGGAAAAUAGCUGCUAAAUUGACCCAGGAUCCUCCGUCCUUCAGACUGGCCUCCCAGCAGACCCCCUCUUCCUGUGGGCUCUGGGGUGAGGGGUGACUGAGCCCUCAUGGCCAAAGGAGAAGCUUCUGGGGAACUGAGGCAGACGGCAGCCCAGUCAGGCGGAGACCAUAGGAGCGACGGGCCCUGUGGUUCGAUCUUACUGUAACUUUUUACAUUCUUAAAAAGCACAAUUCCACAUGCACACUGUCUGGAAAGCACAGCCAGACAGCCAGCCUAGGGCACUUCUGAGUCCAGAAGAGGCGCUGGGGCUUCAUCUGUUGCAGGGUUGUUGUAUUGUUGUAUAAUGUGCUCGUGGUGACUCUGAAGGCUCCUCACUUUGUAGGGUGGAGAGGGAGGGAGGGAGGGCCUGCUGAGGCCUUUCCUGACCCCCAGGGUGGGCUCAUCAGCAUGGACUUGGGGCCUGGACUCUUGCCCCUGGAGCAGCUCUGGCACUUUCAGGCACCCCAGAGCAUAAUUGCUACACCUUCCACGCUAGUCUCAUGCAUUGAAGAUUUCUGCACUUGGACCUGGCCCCAGACCCUCUUCCCUUUCCCCUUCUUCCCUAAGGAAGCUCCCCCUUGCUUUACAAAUCAUUUUUUAUGCUAUCUGUUCUCUCAGGAGGGGGCUAGAGCAUGCGGGACAAGCCUGCAGGGUUUCUCAAACAAUACAUCUAUUUUUCUGAGCAGCAUUCCAAGAGAGGACUUGAAGGGUGUUUAAAUUAACGAUGAAUAAAAUGCAGCCUGCCACCCCUCUGAGCUGUUUGCUUUCUGUCUGUCAGAGCCGCCUGCCUCCCCAUCUUCCAGUUCACACCUCCUCUCAGGAGGGCCCGGGGGACUUCAGCUGUUAGGAUGGGGCAGUGGCAGCAUCACUGGGAAGUUACUCUACAAAACAACAGUGAAACAGAGCCCAGGGCACCAAGGGACCUCCUGGGCAGCUUGGCCAGGCUGGGCCAAGGCUGGGGGACUGGGAGAUGGCCCUAACCUGGCUGUGCACGAGGCUCUCCAAAUGGAGCUUUAAAGUAUGGCCCGGGCCAUACUCCCAGGAGUCUGAUUUCAUUGGUCUAAGGAGCAACUCAGGCCAGCCCUGGAAUUUUUUUGGGGGAUUCUAAUGGGCAGUCAUAGACUUGAAUACACUCUGUAAACACAGAACACUCACAUUAUGGUGGUGUAGAAAGAGCAUCCACUUAGAAACUAGGAGGUCUGAAUUCCAGUUUUGGAUCUGGCAGUCAUUUAGCUCACUCCAAUCCUGUUUCCCCAUCUCUAAAGUGGGAUAAUGAUACCAUCCCCCCACCUCCCAGUGGUCUUAUGAGAAAUAAAUGAGGGGCUAGGAACUCUGAAAAGUGUAAAGUCCUCCACAAUUGCAAGAUGUCACAAUUAUAAGAGACAUUUCAUGAGGAUAUGGGACCAGGUUGCCCUAUUGCUUCUGCAUGGGGUCCUUCCCACAGUGUCAGCUGGGGAUGAAGUUCUUCCAGCAGAUUGCUUUUGCCCAGUUGCCUUUACAAACCCCUUCUUUUCAGAAGGAGCUUACUUGCCCUAAUAAUAGUGCAAACUCUACUGAGGCUUCUCUCCCCUCUACAGCCCCCUCCAGAUUUCCUUCAAUUUUCCCUAGAAAUGAGAAGUAAUUGACCAUCAGGCUCACACUGGCCCCACCCACCUCUGUCUACACAAUCACUCCCCACUCCCCUGGGCUCCCCACCCUGUUGAGCAUGACCACUCAAAAGCAUGAGCUCCAUCUUUUAUCUACAGCAGGGACUUUCAUGACAUCAAAUGAUAAAACAAGAAGUUUUGUACAACUAUACUGUACAGAUCAUGCACUAUUUUUCAUUCUGGUAUUGUUUAGUUUUAUUGUAACCCAUUUAUGCUGGAGGUUGCAAAUUUUUUGUGUAAAAAAUCAGAUCUUGGCGAUGACCUUAAGCAGUAGGAUGUAAAUAACUCUCACAGACUUAGUGUUCCAAUAAGGGAACACUAGGCAUAAAUGGUUUAAUGCUGGUCAAAGCUAUUAAACUGAUUUCAUGAUCUGCCUAUGAAUUACACCCAACAAUCUGAGAAACACUGGCUUACAGUGUUUCUGGAAAGAGGCCUUCCUGUUAGCUUCCAGUCAAGACCCAUUAGCUAGGCUGCCAUGGUGGAGAGGCCUGAGUUCCGGUCACCCAUCAGCUCUCCUCUCUGUUGGGGUCUCCAGCUGUGCCCCAGCUAUGUGAUGGGCACAGGUGGCUGUUUUACCUGCAUGAAGUAGCCUAGAUGAUCCUUGGGUUCCUUUCAAGUUCUAAGGCUUGUGAUUCCUAUAACAUUUCAUAUGACACUCCAGUGAUCCCUGGAUGGACUACCAUUCCUCUCCCUUCUGUGGCCAGUUACCUUUCUAUGGGUGUAUCUAACAAGCAGAUUUUAAAAAGGAACUUUUAGCUGGGCACGGUGGCUCAUGCCUAUAAUCCCAGCACUUUGGGAGGCUGAGACAAGUGGAUCACUUUAGCCUAGGAGUUCGAGACCAGCCUAGGCAACAUGUCAAAACCCUGUCUUUACUAAAAAUACAAAAAAUUAGCCAGUUAUGGUGAUGCACACCUGUAGUCCCAGAGACUCAGGGGGCUGAGGUGGAAGGAUCGCCUGAGCCCAGGAAAUCGAUGUUUCAUUGAGCCAUGAUCAUGCCACUGCACUCCAGCCUUGGUGACAGAGUAAGAUCCUGUCUCAAAAAGAAAGAAAAAAAAAGAAAAAGGAAGAAAAGAAAAAAGAACUUUAUAUUUACCAAGCCAGGCCCCUGGAUAAGAGACUUGCAUAUUUAUCUUAUUUAAUCCCCUGGCCAAUCUUGGAAAUUUAGCACUCUCCUCCCAUUUUGUCUUGGGUCAGAGAGGUCAAGUAACUCGUCUAGUUUGGGGUCGGGCAUCCCCUGUGUUAGGGGCUGGAGAGACAAGGGUGAGAAAGACAGGACGGCCCUUGCUGUCCCUGGACUCCAGGCUCCUGGAGGCUGAUGGGGGCAGGGCGCUGCAGUACAGCCUGCUGAGGGCUCCCUGUCCACCAGGCAUUCUGGGCUGCCAUGGGCACACCAAAGAGAGGCAGCCACCCAGCCUCGGUAGGCAGAGAAGGCUCUCAGAAGCAGCUGUCCAUGCUGAGCCUGAGAGCAGCAAGCCUGCUGACAAGGAGCAGGAAGAGUGGCCCAGGCAGAGGAGCCGUGUGUGGGGAGAGCAGAGCAGGGGCUUGUUGGGGGAACUGUGUGUAGUUCUGCAGGACUGGGGCAUGCACAGCAAAGGAGGUAAUGGGGGGGCCAGAUAGCAAAGGGCCUUGUAAAACAAAGCAAAGACUUUUCGCCUAAUCCUGAGGACAUUGGCAAGCCAGUGGAGGGGUUUUAAGGAUGCAUGUGCUGCCGAAAAUGACUCAGAAUGCAGGAGUGGAGGAGGAAAGCAGAUGGCAGGGUGGACCAAGGUAGUGCUAGUGAGAACAGAGAGACGUGGAGAGAUUUGAGGGACACCCAAAAGAGUAGGUCCACAGAAUCAAUGAUUUGCCUGGAUGGGGAUGAUAAGACUGAGAGAGAGGAAUUGGGACGGAGCCAGGUCUCAGGCUAAGCAGCCAGGUAGACAGUGGUGCCACCACUGAGCCUGGGAACCCAGGAGGAGGAACAGAAGAGGUGAUUAGUUCAGUGAAGGAGAAGUUGGACUUGAGGGACCCAUGAGAUAACCAUGGGGGAGGGGUUUCCACCAAGCAAUUGGCAUUGUGAGUCUAGAGCUCAUAACAAUGAUCCAGGCUAUACCAACAUUUUGGAAGUUCUCAGCAUCAAGAUGGUGUGAAUUACUCAGGCUGUGAGUGUGUAGAAGGAGAUAAAAAGAGGAUCACAACCAGCAUUUAAGGGACAGGAGGAAGAAGAAAAAAGACUAAGGAAAGAGGGUCAGAGAUGUGGGAGAAAACCAAGAACACGGGAUGCCACAGAGCCAAGGGAAACAAGGGCUUCAAGAAGGAAUGAAUGCCAAGUGCCACUGAGUGAUUAAGACAAGGACUGAAGAAAACACCCACGAGAUUUAGCAAAGGGAAAUAUCAGUGACCUUGGCAGAAGCAGCCUCAGGGGAGUGUGAGCUUCUUUGGAACUGGUGCUGCCUGGCUAAUUUUCAUGGGUCACACAUUAGGGAUACUAGUUAGGAUACAGAUUCAAGCCACUCUAACAGAGGUUCAAAAUAAUAAUGGCUUCUGUGGGUAAAAGUUCAUGUCUCUCUCUUAAGAGUGAGUGCAAGCAUAAUCUAUGUAGUAUCAGACACUUCUAUCUGUACACAUCACUUGUGUUCCCUUGCUAUUGGCCAGAACUUUGUCACAUGACCUAAUAUAGCUGCAAGAUAAUCCGGAAAAGGUACAUUUUAUUCAAAGUGGCCAUGUACCAAGCGAGGCUGGUACUCCCAAGAACAGUGUUGUUCAUCUCAUGUUCAGGUCACUGAGGGGACAUUAUGCAGCUGCAGUGGGACCUCUGAGGGGUGACAAUGAGGGUAGUAUGAUAGCUACCUGUUGUUACUGGAUUGAUUUAGACUUCAGCUGGAAACAGGAAGUGAGUCCCUUCCUCUUUCCUCCCUCUUCCUGCCCUCCCCCACCAACAGGCUCUCCCAGUGGUAAACCUGUUUGGAAGGAAUCCAACAAGGAAUCCUGGGAAAUGUAGUUUGCUCAGCAAUGCAAAGCAGAGUUCAGAGGCAGUGGGUGUACAAGGGCACAUCAUCCCAUUAGCACACUUUAGCCAUUGUGAAGUUCCCAGAAGGCUCUUUCUCACUGUAAGUCCUGGAAUCUGGGCAGAGAAAGUUACAUUCCUGACCCCUUUCUGGUCCAUUUUUGAGAGCUUCCUACUCCAUUUUGAGAGAAAUGCUUACAGAAGGGAUGUUUGUAGAAUUACAAAUGAAAAACUUAACCAGAAGGCAACAGACACCAGGUCAUGAGAGCUUACCGCUGCCCCGGUUCUGUCUCUGGCCAACUGCAAGCAGAUCUCUUUCCCCCACGAAGUUUCCUUUUCCAUGUCAGCAAAAUGAGGCACUGGUCUUUUGGCUCUGUCACUCUGAGGUUCUGAAAGGAAGGAGAGGAGAGGAGAAAAUGUAGGAGUUCCACGGGGAUUUCCAUCAAGAAUGAUACUCAGCAAACAUCUGCAGAGUACCUGACCCAGCUUAGAUAGUUUGUUCAAUUCUUUUUUCUCCAUGGACUGGGAGGAGCAGGACCAGCCAUCUGGAUGCAGGAUGGAAGGAAAUGUCCUCCACUAAGGACUGGCCAGGUUCCUGCUGAAGGUGCAGCUUCAACACACAUACCCCACCCCGUGAGAACCUUCAUGAGCUCCAGAUCCUCGUUUUCAUUUGUUUCUGCUUCCCCAAGGACAAGUAAAGUACCAUUCUCCAGAAUUGCACAGUCCAAUAGGUAGCCACAAGCCACACACAGCUAUUUAAAUGUAAGUGAAUUUAAAUUAAAUUUUCAGCUCGUCAAUUGCACUAACCCCAUUUCAAGCGUUCAAUAGCCACAUGUAACUUGUGGCUACCAUAUUGGAUAGCACAGAUAUAGAACAUUUCUGUCACUGCAGAAAAGUCUACAACAUAGGGCUGCUCUAAUGAGAGCUCUGGGAUCCGAAAGCCUGAACUCCAGGGCAUCCUUAAGCAGCAGAAGUAAAAGGCCUUCCCCAACCAUCAUGCCCCACUGUGGUCUCUUCUGCCUCCAAGUGGCCUUGUCUUCCUCAUCCCCUAUGGAAAGACCCCACCUGCUGUUCACCGUGCACCCAUCCCUCUCCCACCCCCAGGGCAAAAGCAUUUGGUUACUCUGUGAUGUCACACCUGUACAGGUAACAUCAUGCACUGUGGGCAUCUCUCUGUAAUAUGGAAGCCCCUCCCACCACAGACACCACAGAUGCUGGGGUUCUGGACAGAUUUCUUUGGAAUACAUAUAUUUGCACACACGAGAGCAUUGGUCCAAAUACAUAUAUGCAGACGCAGGCACACAAAUAUUUAUAUUAAAAGCCUAAUUCCACAAAUGGCUGUAAUUAAGACACAAAGCAAAACCUCAUGAGGUUGCUCCCUUCAACUCACACAUUUACUCUGCCAUGCUCUGGCAGCAGGGGAACAAAAAAUGCAAGAUUUGCUUGACUCUGCAGACAGAGGGAAAUGAGGCUCAGUAAGGAGGCCACACAGCAAUUCACUAGCUAAUUCAAGCAAAAGCCAGAUGUCCUUCCUGCUAGCCCACAGCUCUGUCCUGUCCAUUCGUUUGGUAUUGUGUUCAUUCACUCAACAAACAUAUGUGAGAACCUACUGUGUGCAUGCUCUGUACUGGGCCACACGGAGAUUACACAGUCAAUGAGACAUGAAUCCGGCCCUCUAUGGUCUGAGAGCUAGGACAUGUUGGUUGGCAACUAUAGAAGCAGGGAUAUCACAGUCAUACCACCGGGGGCAGGCUCAGAGAAGUCCGGAGAGGCUGCUUCAGAUCUGAGUCCCAUGCCAAGCACUGGGCUGCUCUGUGCUUCGCCCAGCUCUACUUCUCCAGCCCUUCAUUCCUUUUCUAUCUUCAACAUGGCAAAGAAUAAGCUAUUCUUCAUAUAUUCUCGGCAGCCAGUUAAUAUUAAUACCAGGGUUAAUAGAUCUGUUUCUCCCAUACGCCAUCUUGUCUGCUCCUCUACCUAAAAUUGCUCUAAGUUCUAAAAAUCCAUCUUCUCGUGGGCAGGUCACAGUGCUGCUAUGUUCCACUGAACAGAGAUAAACCACGAGAGUUGGUUAUAUUCAUAGCUUACCAACUACCUGCAGUGAGAGUGUAGGGGUGUUGAGAUAGCCCCCAGGGCAGAUCCUGGAGCCUUGACUUUUGUGUACCCAGGAUGCUUUCCUGUCCCCUUCUUCUAGGGACACUAUCUCUGUUCUUUUAGAUAACUCCACCCAUCUCCAUGCAGUCUAGUGGAACUGCCAAUCAUAGGGUCCCUCCUGUAUCAGUUAUGAAAGCAUUCAACUGUAAUGAACAGAAAACCCAUUGAAGGGUAGUUUUAAGGAAUAAAAAUCAAGGUUUAUUUCAUUACCAUAAUCAGAACUCUGGAGCAGGUGGUCUGGGGCUAGCGCAGUGACAGUGAUGACAUCGGUAAGGCUGGCUCCUCCUUCCCUCUCUGCCAUCCUUUCCAUGUUGGCUUGCCACCCCAGGUGCCAGAUGGUAGUUACCCCUCCAAGGCUCACGUCCAUGGUACUAGUAGCAAGAAGUAGCAGGGAGAAGGUAAAAAAUGUUCUCUCCCAACAGGACUUUUCCUAGGCCUUCCUAGGACUUUCUGCUGCAUCUCAUUGACCAGAAGAGAGUCACAUGAUCAUCACCACCUAUAAGGGAAAGAGGGGGAGAGUGUUGUGCUUUCAGUCCUCUGUACAAGAGGACAGCAAGGGGGAGGGGAUUGGGAUGGGUGUGAAGUGAGAAUGCCUACAGUUCCUGCUGCCUCCCCAUCAAGGCUGGAUUAAUCACGGUUCCGCAUUCUCAGAGAUACAGCCAUUGAUCUAAGGGAGGGUCCAUGCCUCAGGUUGGGGAGUGGGGGGGAGGUCCCCUGGCCUUACACAAAUUGGAGGGGGUGGAGUAGCCCUUUCUUAUUUUGGUUUAUAAAUUAGGCCUGGCGGCAUGAGUCAGGGUCAAGUUAAUGCAAUAGAAUCCAGUCCAGCUGAUUUAAGCAGAAAAAUACCUAUCAUUGGCAAUCAACUCCAACCUGGCCACCUAGCUCUCUGACACUGAUGACCUGACUGGGUGACAGAAUCGUGACUCCAGCACGUCAUGCCACAGUCCUCAGACAGGGUCUUAUGUGCUAAGGAGAGACACCUGGACACCGCAAUCCUGUGCCAGGUACCAUCUGCACACAGCAGGCCACCUUCAGCCAGCUAAUGCUGAUACAACUGACGUGUUGGCAGCCAGCUGACAUCACUCAGAGACUGCGGUUUCCUGCUAUGGGACAGAGAAUUUGCAAUCUGUUGGUUUUCAAAGACCUACCCCAUUUCUCCUUCCCCAUCUCAUCCUGAACAACCUUCCAAGACCCUGGCCUGAAUCAGAUUUCCUGUUUGGCAAUAAAACUUUUUCACUCAGUGCUCAA